AUGACAUACCGCGUGCCUGACAUCUACGCGUCAUCGUCGUCAUCGCCGCCAUGGGGAAUAGGCGCACCAUCAUCGUCGCCACCGUCGAGUCCCACAUAUAUCCGAUCGACAUCGACUGCGUCGACGGUGCAGGUCUCUGACCCGUUUUCCGCAUCGGCCAAGUCGCUUACAAUUAGUGGACCUAGGUCGUCAAAACGAUGGAUCCGAUCGGCCACCACCCCUGCACGCACAGACCGGGACAAUCACACGCACGAGCCAGACCUUCACUCGCUAGAUUUGCUUCCAUCAGACACGCAUGCCGCACCGGGCGUACUCGAGCAGUUUUUUGACGAUUCUGCUGAUGACGCAAUUGCAUCUUCAUCUAUGGACGAGUUUGGCAGUUCUUUUGACAUGUCGCAAGAUCAGGCAAAUGCACCGUUACGUACAUACCGUCCGUUCGGGCGAACGGACAGUGCGAGCACGGAUCCUCUUAGUGCGACAGGCCGAAGUGAAUCUAUGCAGCGCGCACCACAGCGUUUGCGACUGGCUGGCACAUCGCCAAAGAGACUAUCAAGACGGGACCAUGGGGAUCUAGCUCCUUGGGAGCGGCAGGAAGAGGAAGGGGGUGCAAUGCGUGCACAAUCCUCGCGGAUCCAGCAAUUACAGCCCGCCUGGCAAAAUCCAUUGCAGUGGGAUGCAGUGGUCUGCCGCAUCUUUGACGAGGGUCGCGAGCGACCGACACUGUCACUCGGUGGAUGCGGCCUCACACAUAUCGGAAGUGCUGUGGGCGAUCUGCGGCACUAUGUAACCAUUGAUCCACGGCGUUCAGAUCACACCACGACACACAUGUCGACACAGCCCCGCUCGUGGGCGCGCUCGCAGUCUUCAUCGACAGGCGAUUCGGCAGAACUGGCGCGGCGACAAGUGCAAUUCUACUUGUUCGACAAUCAGCUGACGCGUUUGCCCAGCGCGCUGUUUCAAUUGACGAAUCUUGGCGUGCUAUCUCUGCGCAAGAAUCAACUGACGCAGCUGCCACCUGCCAUAGGCGAGUUACGUCACCUGCGCGAACUGAAUAUUGGCGGCAAUGAACUCACAUACUUGCCGGCCGAGAUCCAGCAAUUACACCUUGACACAUUCACGUAUGUGCCGAAUCCGUUUCGGCCUGUUCCUGCAGGUGCCGUGCUGCAGACACGGGCUUUGUAUGGCCAUAUGAACGUGUCACCCACGCACCACUCGACACAGCCCCUCGGACCUUCUGCUUCCCUGCGAUGGAGUCGUGCUCAUACGUUAGCGACGUCUGUGCUGGACACAGGCCAUGGCACUCAUCACGGUCCACGUAUUCACAUGGCACGCGUGCUAGGUCGUUGCGAGCCGCAAAGCAGGCCAUCCCUUGCGGCGUUAUGCAUCCAGCGAUUGCUGAGCGAAGAGCCCCUGAUCAUUGAGCAGUACGAGACCGGAUGUCUUCGCUCGCUGCAACAUACGCUCGACGUACGUGUCGUAGCGCAACUUGAGGCGGCUCGACGCAGUGCGACGGCAUCGUGGGGUGCUCAGGUCGAUGUACAGGCAUCCACUGGGGCAGGUGCCGGUCUAGCUGGGACCAAACGAGAACAUGCCGAAGAACGUUGGUACACUGGAGCGUCAUUUCAUGGAGGAGACGCGGUAUCCGUGGAUGGUGCUGUUUCUUCAGCGGCACCGGGCGUGUCAACCGUGGAUGUCGACAGCAUCCUGGAAGAGUCCGAUGACGCGUGCAAGAAUGUGUGGUUCAAUCGAUGUCCGGGCGUAGGUGCGCAUGACUUGCGUGGUGCCUCUGGCAUGAAAGAAGACACCGACGAUAGCGACUGGCCCAUCGAUGACGGCAAGGGUCCCCUUUACGUGCAUGCAGCCGAGCAGCGCAUGGAGUGGGUAUCGCAUGUUGCUGGUAUGCGAGUGGCUAAGCAGGGUAUCGAGAUGGCAGGCGAUUCUGUGCGCGGCAUGCCAGCGGAACAUGCAGGCUUGUUACCGAUCUUGUGGCGUGGCUGCAGUCCUGGAUGCCUCGCAUUCCUUGAGCAAGCCGGCUAG